UGCUUGCUUUGUUUGUCCGGACGGAGCUGUUUGCAGACUGAGACCGGAGAGACGACCGGAGACACUCAACCGGGAUCCUCACAGCUUCGUUUAGUGACCGAGCAGUUGUAUCGCACAUUCAUUUAGGUUAUAACGGUGUAAUAACUCUGAUAGAGAUGCCGUCCGACAGACCCUUCAAACAAAGGAGGACAUUUGCUGACCGGUGCAAAGAGGUCCAGCAGAUCCGUGAUCAGCACCCCAACAAGAUCCCCGUGAUCAUUGAGAGAUAUAAGGGAGAGAAGCAGUUGCCCGUUUUGGACAAGACCAAGUUUCUGGUACCUGACCACGUCAACAUGAGCGAGCUGGUCAAGAUCAUCAGGCGUCGGCUGCAGCUGAACCCCACGCAGGCCUUCUUCCUGCUGGUCAACCAGCACAGCAUGGUGUCAGUGUCCACCCCCAUCUCUGAGAUCUAUGAGCAGGAGAGAGACGAGGACGGCUUCCUCUACAUGGUCUACGCCUCGCAGGAGACCUUCGGCUGCUAGGGAGGGCGAGGGGGAAGGAGAGGGGGAGGGAGAGCGGGGCAUCUUCAGGUGCUGGGAGGACGGGGAGAGGGUGGGGGGGGGGGGUAGAGACGCAAGACGGGGAAAAAAGAGAGGCAUAUGGUGUCCGACCAGAAACCACCAAACUCCAUGAUCCUCUCCACUUUGUUGCAUCGCAGGCCCACGUAGCAGCACCACGUCAGCCAGUGUAGGUGUGACAGACACCCCUUGUUCCUCUCUCUCUCUGUCGUAGUCGAGCACCCUCUUCAUAUCGGUCAGUACAACACUAGCUACAAAAAGCCAGAGGACAUCCUGUGUGUCUUCCACGCCCUCACAGUUAGAAGUCAGAAUCAUACCUGUGAUAGCUCCGAGUGUUUCUAGUUUGAUUUUCUCUCUUGUUCUUUUGGUCCCACACAGACUCUUUAUUUUGAAAAAGGUGGGACAAACCAAACAACGACUUUGGAGUUUGAAAUCGGCGAGUAAAAUAGACUAAAACGACACACACACUGUGUGUGUAUUAGACAAGCUAAACUUGAAACCAGUCAGUCGCUUGCAAGCCAGUCAGAGUUCAGGAUGUAAUCUGAGGCUUGACAGAUGAAGUCACUGAUACUGCUUAGAGUUUAAAACUCUGUCAUGUACGCAGCACAGUUAGGUUCACAACCAGUGAUCUGCUGCUGCGUCGGUCUAUAGUCUCGUCAUUGCAACAGCAGUAGUACAAGCUAGAAGAUAGAUUGGUAGUGAUUUUUAACUUUUUUAACUCACAUUUAGUUUUUUUUUUAAUUAUUGUCUUUUGUUUUUAGAUAUUAGCUGUAGUUUAGUUUGUAUUACGUAGCUAGUUCGGAGUUUGUUUUAAUCAUACAUUUACCGUCAGCCUGAAGCUCAACUUGCCAACUCGCCACUGGCUACAGAGUAGCUGACAAUCAGGCUAAAGAAAUGACUGCAAUACUCGGAAAUUUUACAUGUGCAAUAUUUAUCCCCUCGCGCCCUCGUAGGCCCCCACACUAUGAACACAACACUGCUCCACUCCCUCCCUGUAUAGCAACAAACCGCUCAGUCACAGAAGGGAAGUUAGCAUUAAUAACCACACGCUGCUACAUCCUGUCAGGCAGGUCAACAGCAUGUUAACAGCCGCAAUUAACAGACCUCCGUAAGCACAACGCACCUGUAGUAUCACUACUCACCUGUCGUCCUGCACAAGGCUCCCCCAACACUUAACCACACAUACAUUUAACGUCAUGAACAACCAGUCGGGUGAAGCCCAAUUAAAAAGGCCUAUCCAGUAGAUUUUAGACCAUGGAGACACGAGAGAUGCACUCUGUUCCAACAAGUCGUAAAGUUAAAUGCUUGCUUUUCAUGCUUGGUUUCUUAAAGGGCCAAGUGUGUAGGAUGUAUUAGCAGAAAUGGAAAAAAAAAUAUUCAUAAUUAUGUUUUGUGUAUGAUCACCUGAAAUUUAGAAUCGUGUUUUCGUUAGGUUAGAUUGAGCCCCUUCAUAUCUACAUAGGGAGCGGGUCCUCUUUACAGAGUCCACCAUGUUCCUACGGUAGCCCAGAACGGGCAAACCAAACUCUGACUCUAGAGAGAGCCUUUCACGAUUUUUACGUUACCUAAAGCCAGGUUCACGCCACACGACUUACAACGUGGUCAGAUCUCAGUACUGUUCACGCUACACAACUUGCUGUCUUGUAAUCGGGACUCUUUGUCUGUCCCCGACAGGUCCACAUAUUUAGCAGGCUUUUGUCGGGGAGCUCUAAAAAGAGCAGAAAAUCCGGGCUGAAGUCGUGUAGUGUGAACUAGGCAUAAAGGCCACCGUCAUUCUUUGACACGCUGGGAAAGGGAGGAGUGAGCGGAGGGGUAUUCAUCUCACCGAUGGAUGCCAGUACACACUGCACCUUUAAGAGUCACAUUAAAAAACACAAAUGUAUUACAUGAAAGUUAUUAGGACACAAGCAACUAUCUAGCUUGAAACUGACUCUGUUGGUUCAGUUUAGCAGCACAGGAGGAGACACUGUCUCCACACAGGCAAACAACUGUUCACAGGCAUUUACAUGGGGAUGAUAAGAGGACAGGAUGUUUAGGUUUGACACACUGUGAUUUUUAUUUCCAGCGCAGUGAAUUGAUCACAUUUUUGUACAUUGAGCAGAGCUGACGCAGCCUGUGCUUGGCAGUAGCGGAGGCCAGCAAGUAAUCUAAUCCCGGUAAAGCUGAGGUGAAUCAAGGCCCUGCUCCUGCUUCGCUAUCAUUUCUCCACCGUGAUGGCGGCGUCUCCUCCUGGCCUCGCGCCACACAGCUUGUUAGAACGCCACGCGUGUCACGGUAGCAUAGACUCGAGCAUCAGACAUAAUAAAAUGUAUUUAAUGUCAGAAAUGAAUGAGCUUCUUUUGCACAUAAAUUAAUACAAAUAUAGAAAAAGAGUUGGCAUAGAAUUUUUUUAGGAAUUACUGUAUCUAUAUAACAAUUAUCAGUUCUUUUUUUUUUGUAUCUGCUCCUCUUCUCCAGAGCGCUGCUGCUGCUCUCUAUCUGUACGUCCGUCUGUCUGCCUUUGUUUAAUAAGACUUUAAAGAUAAAAAAGGUUGUGAUGCACUACAAACCUUGCAUGUUUUUUUUUUUUUUUUAUAAAUGUAUAUUGAUUUUACGCAAUAGAUAUAAUUGUAUUGUUUAAUUUAGAAAAAAGUCUUUUUUAGAUGUUUCCCAAACCAAAAACUGAAAAUAAGUGUGUGUUUGAAAAAAAAAAAAGUGUGCGUAUAAACGAUCAUAUAAUCGAGCUGUAUUACAAAGUGUGUUUUUCUUUAGGCUUUCUGACAUUGUCACUAUUUGGAGGGGUGUAUAUACUGUAGAUGCAUUGCUACAACCUUAUUCAAAGCAUUUGCCAAUAAAUAAAAAAAAGUUGCCUUUAAAAUA